CAGCCUUUAAGUAAACAGGCUGCGCUGUGCGCUCUAAUUUAGGAGGUCUUAAUUUAGACUACACAUUUCUUCACGACUUAACCCCCAGUACGGGCUCGUCUUUGAUUUUCUAAAAUAGCCAGUCUGUCGUAUUUAAAUCUGGAGACAUCACUGUACCCUUAAAAUAUUUGCAGCGCAGCUCUCGAGUUUAUGCUUUCUGUGAACGUGCUCCAUGCCGAUUGCGCAACGCGAGCCAGGAAUAACGACUCGAGACGCGAAUGGUCUUGGCGUCCCUCGUGCACAGGCUAAGGGCCCUUCGCUCUACUGUUCAAGUGAUAAACUACCUUUUUUUACGUUUGAUCUACAGAUAACCACCUAAUGUUUUUAUACACACCCAGAGGAUGCUAGAGGCUCUGGGGGGAGGGUCUCUCUGCUCAGCUUGGAGAUACCUGAAUCUUUGUCAUACUGGAAUGACAAGUGAACGAUGCAUCUUAAUACUAAAAGGCACCUUUCUGCCAGUUCUCAGCAUUCGUGUACCAAAGUUCAAACCUUGGGAGGAAGAGGGUUGUUUGUUUGUAUUAAAUGGAUCGAGACAUUCCAUGGGUAAUGCUCAAUAAGUAUCAUACACUGUUACUUCAUUAGCUCCUGUGCCACUGGAAUAUUCCCAGACAGAAAUCUGCAUUUAAAAGCUAGUAAAAAUUUAAAAGAGGAUACUGAACUGCUCUAUUGAUCCUUAUUACUUUGUGCACAAACCUAAUUUUCUGUCCUUAGCAUUUUAGCUGUAUUUACCUGACAGAUACUAAAAGCCCACUCACUGGAUGGGUUUCUGGUGUAACUUUUGAAGAACUGGUUACUAACUUUUCCAGGGCAUACAUUCAGGCACUAUUUUAGAGGGGAAAGGUUCCUCUUCUCUAUAGUGGAAAAUAGAAUUAAAACUUAUCAUAGUAAGUCUAACACUAUGGUUAUGACAGAGUCAGCUGUAAAGGAAUUUUUAUUUCCUGAAUGUAAGCUGGCUAUAUUCACAUUAAAACGUUCAGGAGGGUGAAGUACCGUGCCUUAAGCAUGCGUCUGAAAUCUGACAAGCAGAGGCAAGGCAAUUCUCUUGCUAUUUAAUUAUUAGUUUUCUACUGGCAAUUUACAGGUUCCUCCCUGGUGCUAUGUAGGGCCAUGAAAAUGGUAGCCUAGAUGUUAACUGAGCUUAACUCCUUGGUGGACUGCAGCUCUUUCGUUACAUUCUGAAAUACCUCUCUCCUAUGAUCUUGAUACAUUGCUUGCUGUUCAGUUAAUUUGGCUAUUUAAAUUUAAGUCCUGCCCAUCAUCAUUUGGGGUGCACCUAUAGAAUUCACCUUAUUUGCAACCUCUUAUACUUUGAGCAGCUUUUUAAAAAUCUGUCUGCCCUAAGCAAUUAUCUUAAGUUUUCUACAACAGAGUAGUCCAUUUCUGGUUGACAGUAUGUGUAGAAACAGAUCUCAAACUCAUAAAAGCAUGCUUAGUUUUAUAUAAUAACCCUAAAAAAAAUGAUUCCUAUAAUGAAAAAAAAUCUUCUGGGGCCUAUAUUUGAGCACACUUUUAGCUUGUGACUCUGAGGAACAGUGUACUGCACUGUGGAACUUUGGUGUUCAGUAAACAAGACCCGAUUCCUUAAAAAACUAAUCGAUUUAAAUUCACCUUCCCUUGAGAUUGUUUUUGCUAGGUGUCACUUAUUCAGCAUUUAUCUAGUUGCAAAGCCAAAGCACUUAAGGGAUGUAAUUGCCACUAGAGACUCAAGGUCUUGGGGUUGGGGGGACAACUAUUUUGAGUUCCAGAAAGUACACUAAGAUCAUUUAGGCUUUUUAAAGUUCAGCUGGAAGUCUGUCUGAAAGGCUUAAAUUUUGAAGUGGGGUGGCUCUCUCCCGGGUACUUAUAUUAAACAUAAAAUAAUCAUUAAAAAAGGAAAUUACAUCACAUUGUCAAAUAAGGAACAGCUAGCUGGGGCGGAUGACUUGUAGUGCAAAAAUGUGCCCCUCCUCCUAUGAAUUGCUUCUGAGAUUCAUUAACGAUAUGUGGUGGCAAGGUGAGCAAAAAUAGGUUGUGGAUUUAAGGUAGCCACACUUUCUCACAAAAGUGAGGUGGUGGUCUUAGUUUUAAUUUUCUUAUUUUUUUUCCUUAAUUUCUUAUGAGCAGUGUAUAAUCUGUCUUGUCAAGAGUGCUGCCUUUAUAAAACACGUCCAAAAUUUGCACAGGCAUUCAAAAAUCUUUAUAGCACACUGCAUAUGCAUCCAUUAAGUGAAACAUUCUAGGACAUGCUUGGUAUAUUGGUAUGCCCAAUAGACCAAAGUGCUAUAUUAUGGCACUAAUUGGCCUCAAAUAUUGCAUAGCAUCCAGGAAAAAGAAGGAGCAAAACAAACUAACCAGAUUUUCUGUGAUGACAGUGAGCUAAGAGAGAUGCAGAUGCUUCUUAACUUCUAAAGAGAGGAUUACUGUUGCUGUAACACAGGUUUUUAGUGAUAACUGUCAGCAUGAAAACUCUAUAUGUGAUGUUUCAUAUAACUCAAUUUCAGAAUAUUCUUUUCACUUACAAGAUUUUUCUGAUUAUUCACAUAUACAUUCCUCACUGUGCUGAUACCCUACCGUUUAAGGAUACAUUUGACCAUUUAACCUAAACUUGCUCAUCAGCUUAGGUCUAAAGGUAUAUUUGGCCCUCAAAAUCUUCCUUCAAUCUCAUUAUCUCAGGUAUUUAAAGUCAUUUAUAUUUGUUAAUAUGGGCAAGCAUGAAUAUUUACAAAUUCUCUCCUUUGCAGAGUUACCUUCCUCUACAGUAGAUGUUGAUAGCUUUAUAAUGCACUCUCAAGCCUUUCAAUGGCAGGGCUUGUGUCUUUAAGCCUAAUAACUGUAGCAAUUACUAGCUAUAGUCUUAUUUUGUACUAACUCAGUUUUUUGAAUAAUUCUGAAACUGUAACAUCUUCGGGAAGUGCUGAAAGUGCUUCUAAGUGCCACAAUCCAUGCCUAACUAGGCCAGACAGGCAGAGUAACUGGGAAACCCGUUGCGAGUAACAACUUUUGCAGAUGAGUAGCAGAAAAGCAUGAAAGAUCCAAAGUGUUGCCUGAUUGCAUAGUGUCCAUAUUCUUCAGCAGAUAUAGUUUGAUUUUUAUGUAUAAGUUUAGAUCUUUAAAUCUUUAAGGAGGCAGGAUUGGACCAACAGUUAAGAUGGAAACUGUUGGGUUAUAUUUUCAUGACUUAUGCAAAUUGAUUUCUACCAAUUACUAGAGAAUAGCAACAUCUUGAAAUACGUAAUGCUCAACUUUAGUAAGACCACAUUAUAUAAAAUAUAGAGUUCAUACUCCUCAGUUACAUAUCGUUAUGACUCCCACUUAUUUUUCAUGUUUGUUCAAAAAAGCAUAUGUAUGUUUUGAAAUAUAAACAUUAACUCUCUGGACUCAGAAAGUAACUAGCUGAAUUAGUGAAGGACAUAUGCAGUUAUAUAGCAACUUUACCUCUUCAUAUUCCUAGCUUAUGGCAUGGAGGACAGUUUCAUAACUCAGUCCAUUCAUAACUCCCCAUUGAAACACCAAGGCAAGUCACCUUCUAUGACUUCACAAAAGGGUUGUUGUUAGAAGCAAGCAAGUUUUAAGACUGCAAAAUUUGUCUCUAUUUUGAAAAAUAGUGUUGAUUGAAACAAGUGAAAAUUACCUUUUCCUAGAGUGUGUAAAUAUUUAAUUCCACUUCAGGAGUUGAGCUUAGCAUUCCAGAGGGAUUUCAGAGAGACCAUUGUGCAACUAUCAGCCAGGAUUUAGACAGCAUUCAGGAGGCUGACAUAGUAAUUACUAGCAGUGGUUUUGGCAUGGGAUCUGAUGGAGGUUGGGCCUCUUAGCGAGCCCUGCAAGGGCUGGAUGUUAUCACAGCAAGUGCAUUACAUGUGCUUUCAAACAACAGCAAUGCCAUCCCUCCCCCCGCCCCCAAUCUCAUUUCUUUUUAUAUCAUAAUCAAUGUGUCUCUCCUUUAUGGUCUUGUCAGAUCUUGUAUGUAGGUGAGGUGGAGUGCUAUCAUUUGCUGACUAAUCAGUGUUCUGUAUCAGUCUUUUCAACUUCUGCCUUGCAUAUGACUCCACAAAAGAUUCUGAAAUAGAAGUGCAAACCCCUUCAUAGUCCCAUAGAAGCGCAAGUUCACUAAUUCGGUCUCCAACAUUUCUUUUACACAUUAAUUACUAAUAGUCCAGGGACAUUCAGAGAUCUGUGAGGCACGAACAUCACUGCUCUAUAUAGUGUGAGCUGAUAUGAUUGGCGUUUUUAUUUGCCAAUUAUUUUAACAUGAUCUGAACCAUAUAGUACCAUUUUAGAAUUGGUACUAUAUUCCAUUGUGCUGCUUAAAGCUUUUUGACAAAAUGGAUUUCUCCAGUCUUCUGUUCCACAUAGGAAAUGGUUCUGCCUGGACUUAAAGAACUGGAAGGAAAAAAAUCUGCUGUAAUUGGAAUACUGGAGAUUUUGAACUCAUUUGCUAGUCAGAACUAUGUUAUUGCUCCCUGCAGUUGGUAUAUUUAUAUUUAAUUUUACUUUGAAAGUCUGUAAUUCCCAUUACUGGGAAGGCUCCGACUUUGUGAGAUGCAAAAAUUACCUAGCUUAAGCUAGUUUAAAAUGUUUGUCCUGAAAUAUAUACUCUUUACUGGAAUAGAGGGCUGAAAUCAAUAUGGUUAAGACUAACGCUGUACUGCAAUAGCAAGAAUGCUAGAUUGGGUCUUAUUCAGUUCUAGUAAUGCUAAUAGCCUCCUGUCUAGAAUUCUUACGUGACUGGCUAAAAUACACACUAGAAAAACACAUCUGUUAAAAGUAUAAUCACUCUUAAUCAUGGUUAAGAACAUCUUCGCACUCUUUAAAAAAAUGUGAUUAGGUCUUGUAAAUUAUAGACAUACAUAGAGUCAGAAGCUAUUUUGCAAUGCUGUUUGUUUGGAAGAUCAAUACAGGACCAAAUGCAACAUUUGGAAAAGCAUAGCAGAGAAGUUCUUGCUUAAACAUUUGUUUAUACAAGGCAAAUGUUGGUGUUAGAUUUCAAAUUAAUUCUGGGACACUUGGUUCCAGUGCUGCUUAGAAGCCUGCUCCUCCCUCUUGUGUUGCAAAUGGGUAUAAUGAAUCUUUCUUCAUAAAUGAAGAGGAAGAUUAAACAUAUUCUGCAUAGAAGUAGCCUAUUUUGGAACAGAAUUAUUUUAAGCAUAAGCUAUUUCUUGUUUCUGUACCUCAUUAUCAUGCAGUACCAUACUGCCAAGGGGUUUUCUUGAUGCAUACAGUGUGCUUGUGAUGGAGCUUACCCCGUUGUUGGUUGACUUUUCUUUAGAUGGAAUUUUUCUUCAGAGAGAAAAAAUUUUGCAUUAGAAACUGGUCAUAUUCUUGAUUCUCAAGAAGUAUACCAAUUAAACUGUAGUGUUUUGUUUUUUAAAACAGCUAUAUAACACCAUAUUGUACCUGCUGAGUUGAGGGUAUUUGUGUAAAUAGUUGAAGCAUAGACCCAGAGAAAUCCUUGCUUAGUCUUGGACUUGAUUUCUUUUGCCUUCAGCAGAACGUUUAUUGUUUUUACAUUGAUUUUUCUGAAAGAAUGUAUUCUGAACUUCCCAAACAAAACUGAGUCAACUCGCUUGUUGAAUUUCAAGCAAUUGCCAGCAGUUUUUUUCUACUGUAAACGAGUGAGAUAAAGCAUUGUUCGCACGUUCAGAAUAAGUCUGAAUAGAGCAGACUGUUUAAGAGUGUUUCAAGAUGCUAGAUUUAUUUGCUUGAAGUAAAUAGCGAGAUGAAAACUUGAGGAUGAUUCUAAGUAUCUUUAUGCUUCAGCUUAUUAAUAAUAGUGACUGUUAUAUGAAAGGAGCUUGGAGAGUGAUUGGACUUCCGAUUUAAGCAGUCAGUAAUUUUGUCUAUUGGAGCUGUUUUUUGAGAAAAGGCCAUUUUUUAGUCUAUUUAAGUUGUUAAAAAUUGUAUUAGGCUAUUUUAUGUUGGCUGCACUGCAAAUUAGAAACUCACUGGCAAAAAGAACAGCUAAAGAUAGAUUUGUCUACUAAAAAAUUAUAAACAGAUGGCCUGAAUAACUGGCAGUUUAUGUACAAGAACCGAACUUGUUAAUGCACAGUUCCUGUAUAUCACUAGUUUUACAGAACAUUUAUCUCAUUUCUGUUCAGCUUAAUUCUGUAAAAGAACUUAAUCUAACUUGUUUUUCAGUUUUAUAAUCAGAGAUGAAACUGAUUUGUUAAAAUUUUCCUAUUGGCCUGUAUUGGGACAGAAAGCCUUAUUAUAACAGAGUUGAUUCCUUCCUUGAAGUACUGAAAUUUCAGUUGAGAGCAUAUUUGCAUUUCUGAUAUUUAUGCCCUUCUCUUUUUUGAAGGGAAUGCAAGCUGCAGGAAGCCUGUCAAGACUGACUUUCUAAGGUUGGGAGACAUUACCAUAGAGCAGUACACAAUGUCAACUGCAGGAGUUGCUGCACAAGAGAUGAGAGUCCCAUUAAAAACUGGAUUUCUUCACACUAGCCAAGGCAUGGGGAGUCUGAAAACAUAUUGGGGUAGCCACAGUGGAUUUGAAAAUACUUUCUUUAAUGUGGACCCUAUAGCAGUGGCAUAUAAUUUGAAUUCAUCAGCAGAGCAACAUUUACCAUCCAGUGGGCACUCUUCAGACCAUACUUCCAUGAACGAUCACAGCUUUGCUGAAAGUUGCAUCCAAGUCCCAUCUCAGAAGUCCAGUCCAGCUCCUGUAAGUCCCAAAAAUGAACAGCCAAUUUCAAGAUACGAAGACCAUCUUGUUCCUGGCUUUAGUACACUCUCAUUAACCAUGGGCUGUGUUUCUUCAGAAACACCCCACAUGCCCAUAAAAAAUGGGCCACUUCAAUUUGCAUCUGCAUCUUCCAAUGACCGCAGCUCCAGGCCGUUACCUCCACUGCCUAUUUCUGAGGAUCUUACUACAGACGAGGUCGAUAAAGAAGUGGAAUUCCUGACUAGCUCAGACACUGACUUUUUGUUAGAAGAUUAUGAACUUCCUCCUUUUAAAUCCAGUGCCCCAAGCAGGCGGAGCUUUAGGGGCUGUGGACAAAUCAAUUAUGCAUAUUUUGAUGCUCCAGCAGGACCAACACCAGAAGAUGCCAACCCUGCACAAAAUCUGAAUGGAUAUGUAUCUGAUAUUUAUCCUCCUCCACAGCAGCUGCAUCGACGUUUGCGAAGAUCCCAUUCAGGGCCUGCUGGAUCACUCAAUAAACCAGUGGUGAGACUAUCUGGACACUUAAACAGGUCUUCUCCAAAUUCUGAUGAGGAUAAACCAGAGAUUCCACCAAGGGUUCCCAUACCUCCAAGGGCUCUCAAACCAGAUUACAGAAGGUGGUCAGCAGAAGUUGCUUCUAGUGCAUACAGCGAUGAAGACAGGCCUCCCAAAGUGCCUCCAAGGGAACCUUUUUCCCACAGCAAUUCCCGUACACCAAGUCCUAAAAGCCUGCCAUCAUACCUCAAUGGGGUUAUGCCCCCUACCCAGAGUUUUGCACCUGAUCCUAAGUAUGUCAGCAGCAAAGCUCUACAGAGACAAAAUAGUGAAGGAUCUGCCAACAGGGUCCCUUGCAUUCUUCCCAUUAUUGAAAAUGGGAAGAAGGCCAGUUCAACACACUACUAUCUGCUGCCUGAAAGGCCUCCAUAUCUGGACAAGUAUGAGAAAUUCUUCAGAGAAGCAGAAGAAACUAGCUCUAACUCAGAGGUACAGUCCUGGUCUGGUGACUGCACAGCCACUUCAGCCCCAACAAAACUGGACUCAAAAGCUAGAAUGGACAUAGCUGGUCAUCUGAAACGAAAACACUUGUCUUACGUGGUUUCUCCAUAGUCUCUGGGAGCACAACUUAGCUCAGGUGUUCUGGAUGAAGCAGAACUUUACCAUGUUACAAAGUUCUUAAGAUUCUCAAAUAAUGAAGUAGGACCAGUUUGUCCUCUGAGAACUGUAAAGUGGAUGGUAAAAUCCUAUUAUGCUGCAUAUCUCGGAUAUGUUUAAGACUGUUUUUCUUGCUUUAGUCUGUAAAGUUGAAAACCUACAGAGAUUCCAUAGAAACAUAUCAAGGGAUAACAGUCACAGUUGGCCAGUUAUAUGCUACCCUAGAUUAACACAUAAGCAAAGCUAUAUUUUUUUUUGAUAGUGAGUCACGUAAAACUGACAACAGAGCAGAUAAUGCAGUAGUUUUUUUUUAAUCGGGCAUUUCCAAAUUUUCUUACGCACGGUAACGCUGCUGAGAACAAGACUCUCUUCUUUCACUAGGACAUGCCAACCUGGUUAGAAGGUAACUGCAGAAUCUGAGAUCCACUUUGAGACUUGACAAGCAUAUUGGAAAUGUAUUUAGACUGAUGAGUCUAUUUGACAACUUAAUUGGACACUAGUAGAAUGUUUAGUGAGGUAGCUUGGAACAGAGUUAAGCUUUGUGGAUUCUUACAAUUGUUAGAGACACUUGGCUCAAUUUUGCCAUUUCUCCUAGGAGAGACUUGGACCAGCUACUGCUAAGCCUCUGCUGCUGCUCUUUUCCUGAUGGGUCCUAGGAAGGGGUGAACGUGUCCUGAAAGUGGCAGAGGAUAUGAGCAGCUAUAUAGUUGCUAAUAAAUAGGCAGUAACAAUUAUAUGCUCAUCUAGAGUGCGAAAUUCUGACUGUAUUCAAAACAGAAACACAACACAAGCUGGUCUUGCGUUUUGGUUUCUAUUCAGUAUUUUAGGGGAGGAGGAGGAGGGUAUGAGAAAAACAUGAUUCCAUUCAUGAACAGUGUCAGUCCCAUCUCUCUGCUUCAGAUGCUGCUUCUUUCUGUUUAAUUUUUUCCUCAUUCUGCCUCAGUGAUCCACUAAAAUUCAUUGAGGUGCCAGAUUUGUACAUUAGGAGUUUCUCGUGCUCAGUUUGAUUACAUUUAUCCUCUUACAGAUAAGCACAAGAGAAAAGGUGCUCACUAAUGGAGGUACAAAAGAUAAAUGUGUUCCUCCUAACAUAAAUAAACAAGCUGUUUACAGUUUAAACUGCUGAAUGAGAUGUUUGAGCUAUUUUAAAGCUUACUUCUUAUUUGUUUUAGUACAAACUAAAUGAAGGUGAAAUACAUGCUAUAGAAAUGCACUGAUUUCUGCAUUGUGUACAGUAUUGAUUAAAAAUAAUUCACUUUGUAUUUUGAAUAUUGUCAUGUCUGGAGUUUAAUAAAGUUAAAAUAUACUUA